AUGGAAGUAGUGGUUUAUUUGGCAUUGUUUGUGUUAGCUUCUGUGUUUUGUUUUUCAUCAUUCAUUCUUAUUGUCAUGUGUCGACGACGUGUACAGGCAAGGGAACGUUUGCGUGCAGUGAUGACAUCGUUGCGUUUCACAAAAAUUAAUGAAAAUGUAGAAAGUGUGGUGCAGCUUGGACCUCUUAUGGCCCAAGUUUUGGAUAGCAACCAAUGGAUUUAUGAUGUCUCCGGAAUGCUGCAGCAUUGUGUUGUAGUUCUGAAACUGUGCCAUGCUUUGACUGAAAAACUUUCCAUUAUUCAGCUUAAUUCAAUUGCACCAAAACUUAAUGAGCAGGUGAUUACAGCCACUGCACGAAUUAUGCCUCGUUUCGAUGAUCUGAUACGAACCGUGGCUGCAAAUCAGGUAGACGUACGUCUUCUAGAAGCUCGUGCUUCGUCACUUGUCAGUGCCUGUUGGGCGCUUGCGUUUCCAUUUACAGUAAUUAGCCCGAAACAUAUGGAUUCAUUGGAUGGAGUUUUGAACGAAAUGGAGGACCAUGUGGAGGCAUUACGUUUGAUCAUCCGACACAUGGAAGAAAAUUUUAUGGUACAGGAUAAAGAUGCCAACCGAAAAUUGCCAUCAUCAUUAGCAGUUGUUGAGGAGACACCACUGCUGGAACCUUCCACGAAUAAAGAUUCUACAACUGAUUCUUUGCAUAGCGAUGAAGCUCCAGCGGAUCCUAUGGCACCGACAAAAUAA